UUAUGUUACUUUACCGAUAAUUUCUUUGAGUAUGAAGAAAGGUGUUCCACAGGUUGCAAAAUUCAAGUGGCUGGUCGUUUACAUCAUCAUUAUGAUUUUUGGAGAGCAAUUAAUGCCAAUUCCUAUGUAUUAGACAUAAUUAGCAACGGAUACAUGAUUCCGUUUUAUGAAACACCACCACACACGCCGAAUGUUGAGAAAUCCAAACAAGGGUUGAAUAAUCGCUCAGCCAUCAAUAAUAGCGAAUUUGUCACAAAUGCAAUUUCAGAUUUAUUAGAGACGCACUGCGUCUUGCCUUGCACAGAACAACCAUACAUAGUGAAUCCUUUGUCAGUUUCAGUACAAAAAUCAGGCAAGAGGAGAUUAAUACUAGAUUUGAGAGAAGUGAACAGGUUUUUAUGGAAGCUAUCUGUCAAGUACGAAGAUAUGCGUACAGCGAUGUUAUAUCUUCAAAAGGGGGGUUUUAUGUUCCAGUUUGACCUAAAAUCGGGAUACCACCAUAUUAGCAUUCGUACAGAACAUCAACAGUACUUGGGAUUUUCCUGGUUUUACAAAGGUGCCUUUACAUUCUUCAAGUUUACUGUAUUACCAUUUGGUUUAUCCACUGCCCCAUACGUUUUCACCAAAGUGGUGAGACCACUUGUACAGAAGUGGAGAAGUGAAGGUAAACAAAUAGUUGUGUUCCUAGACGAUGGUUUGUGUUAUGCAGAGAGCUUUCAGAAAGCCAGAGAGCACAGUGCUCAAGUUAAAGUUGACCUGGUCAAUGCGGGGUUCGUACCUAAUGUACAAAAGAGUACUUGGGACCCGGUUUCAGAGACCGAGUGGUUAGGUCUGAUAAUUGACCUAAAGAAUGGUUCUCUUGUUUUGCCAAACAGACGAAUAAACAGCAUCAAGGAACGAAUUCAAGAACUGUUAAUAACUCCCAAGUCAGCAGGUUCGUCAACAUGCGUCAAAGUCAAAGAUCUAGCCAGUGUGGCAGGAUGUAUUGUUUCAUCCUAUUUAGUUGUGGGAUCAAUGAGUAGGGUAAUGACCAAAGCUAUGCAUUGUGUAAUUGAAUCUAGAAAUUCGUGGAAUUCCAAAGUUGUCAUCUCAGAACAAGCCAACGAAGAACUCCUCUUCUGGUUACACAACAUAGAUAAUCUGAAGGAAAUUCCAAUAAAAUUAACACCCAUGUGUUCAACUAUGGUGUUUUCAGAUGCAAGCAAAAAUGGUUUCGGAGGCUACAUAGUAAAUGUCAAUGAUUCGAUCAGUCAUGGUCAGUGGUCGGAAAAUGAAAGGAAACAUAGUUCAACCUGGAGAGAAUUAAAAGCAAUAGACAUGGUGUUAGCAUCCCAAAUAAACAUGUUCAAAAACACCAGAGUAAAAUGGUUUUCUGAUAAUCAAGCUGUUACAAGAAUAGUUUGCAAAGGCAGUAUGAAGUCAGAUUUACAGUCUAUUGUGUUAAACAUAUGUCGUAAUUGUGUACGCAAUGGAGUGUUCCUUGAAUUAGAAUGGGUGCCGAGAUCGAAGAACGAAAAGGCAGAUUUCAUAAGUAAGCUGGUCGAUUAUGACGAUUGGCAGACCUCAGAUGAGAUGUUCUCCCUACUUGAUCAUAUGUGGGGUCCUCACACAAUCGAUCGGUUUGCCAGUUAUUAUAAUUCCAAAUUAACUCGUUUUAAUUCUAGAUUUUGGAAUCCAGGUGCUCAGGCAACCGAUGCGUUCACCCAAGAUUGGGCAGGGGAAAAUAACUGCUAAUCUUCAACAGUGAUAACUGGAGACACCGUUUCGAGAGGAGCGCCAACAAUCAAGACCUGAGUUCUCUCGC